CACUUCAUAUAAGGCAAAAACACUCACACCAAACAUCAGCAGGAUGCUGCAGCCCCAGGAUGAGACACAUGGGGAUGGAGGCUCCGCCGUAUUGCCACGACCUGAGACUACAUCAGAGGAUCCAAGUGGGGGAUCCCAGAACGGAGCUGAACAGGCGCCGGACAACAGUAUAUCCCAUUACCUGGUCCAGGUCCAGUUAAGCCACAAGCAAAUCAACAAACGCUUUUCGGAACUGCUUAACCUCUUCGAGGGCUACACAAAGAUGAUGGACGGAGAACAGAAACAUCAGGUGGUGGUCUCGAAUCCAUUAAAGCGUGUUCCAAGCCAUGGUACAAAUCAAAACGAGAGACUUUCGGGCGGAUCCGUGUCGGAACGCACCAUUCAGGCGGCCACCUGCGAGGUGAGCAUUCAGACGUCCUGGUCUCUGCUGGAGCAACAGAAGAACGGCCCAAAAUCGGUGGAAGAGGGAGUGUCCGUGGCCACCAAGGAAAAGCCCAGCCAGAUCCAGCAGCAUACCAUCCACAUCGAGGUGGAGUCGGUGGCAUCGGCCACAGACAUGCAACGGGCGCCCCUACACCAGAGGCUCUUGAAAGUCCUGUUGAAUGCCGUGGACGCUUUUAUCGGCUGCCUGUUCAUGAUCGGCGAAAACUUUCCCUACGUGCUGUUUAUUUUGCUGUGCAUUUGGUGCCUCUAUCUGUUGCUGGCCCACUACAGAAAAUUCUUGGACAACGGUGCGAUUGAGCCUCCCAGUUAAAUGAUUUUUUCGCAGCGUUUGAUUAAAUUCAGGAUUGAUUUAUGUA